GUUACGGUUCAGAACGCAAGUUUAUAAUGACAUCGAUAAUUAGUAAAUUGUUUUUAAUUUUUGUUUUGCUGAUUAUUUUGCUGAAAUGGUCGGAGAGCGUAAAUUUAAAUUCUUUUGAAACGAGAUAUAUCGAAGUACCAAUAGAUCACUUCGCGGCAACGCCAACAUCUAGAACUUUUAAAUUAAGAUAUCUGAUUAACUCAAAGAACGAUGCAAACUAUAUUGAGGGGGGUCCGAUUUUUCUUUAUACAGGAGGUGAACGGGAAAUCACCAUUGCGGCUCAAAAUACGGGUUUCUUGUUUGAAAUUGCACCCUUAUUUAAAGCUUUGUUAAUUUUCGUUGAACACCGAUACUAUGGGACAUCACUGCCAUUUGGUAAUGCAUCAUUCACAAUCUUGGAAAAUUUAAGAUAUUUAAAUACAAAACAGGCGUUGGCAGAUUUUGCGUUACUGAUUCAAGAAUUGAAAAAUGAUUUUUUUUCAAAUUAUACAAAAACAACAACCAAGACCGAGCCUAUUAUUGCUAUUGGAGGAUAUUAUGCUGGAACGUUGUCAGCUUUACUAAGAAUGAAGUAUCCGCAUUUAGUUAGGGCAGCUCUUACUUCUUCUGCACCUCUUUUCUACUUACCCGAACUUACUUCUUGCGAAGGAUUUUACCAGAGAGUUACUCAAGUUUUUGAAAGAUAUGGAAGUGAAAGAUGUGUCAAAUCAAUAAAACUUUUAUGGGAUAUCAUUGAAAACCUAACUAAAUCGAAAAUGGGUAUGACUUUUAUUUCUUCAACAUGGAAGCUUUGCAAAAAACUAGAAACGGCGAAAGAUGUGCAAACGUUAGUAGAUUGGUUAAGAAAUAUAUUUACAGAAUUAUCCAUAGCAAAUUAUCCCUAUGCUUCAGAAUAUUACAAUCCAGUUCCAGCCUAUCCAGUGAUGACAUUUUGCAAUAAGUUCGACACUGGGUAUUUAAAUGACACGAAACAAUUUAUUGAAUCAUUUGCGAAUGCUUUGCAAAUUUAUACUAAUUAUACUGGAAAAACAUCUUGUAACAACAUUUACAGUAAAGAAGAAGACUUAAAUGACGUUGCUUGGAAAUACCAAAUAUGCACAGAGUUAAUAAUGCCCAAAUGUUCAACUGAGCAAGAUAUGUUUCUUACAUAUAACUGGACUUACGAACAAUUCGCUCUGGAUUGCUACAAAAAAUUUGGGGUCAGACCAAGACCUAAUUAUAUCUAUUUGGAAUAUGGUAUACCCAAUUUGAAGUAUUUUACCAAUAUACUCUUCAGUAGCAGUGCGUUAGAUCCGGCUUCAUGGGGUGUUGUUGAUUUAAAAAAAUCAAAUAAGUUUGAUAAAUCGUUGAUGACUCUUCAAAUUAUAGAUGCUCCACACCUUAUGGAGUUCAGAGGUACUAAUACUAUUGAUAAUGAUUAUAUUUUGCAGGCUAGAAAGUUUUAUAUAUCAAUUCUGAAAAAAUGGCUUAAAUAGGCACAUAAACUAUGUUUUAAUAGAUGAAUAAUAACAGAAAUUAAUAUUAUUUAUAAUUUUAUUAUUGUAUAAAAAAGUUAUAUGUUAAUAAUUACUCUCAAUAAUAAUAUUAUUAUUAUUAUUAGUCCAGUAAUUACGUAAAUUUACCUGGAAAAAUUUGCGGAAGUUUUUAUUUAUUGUACAUUUUUUUUUUAGUUUCAUGUAUUAUAAUUGAAACAACUGAGUACUCACUUUUAAGCUACCAUUUGUAUUUUUUUUAUGACUAUAUUUUUGGAUAAAUAAUGAAGUGUUCAAUCCACUCGCAAAAUAACUGUUCAUUUGACCAGCCAUUGGGCGAACAUUUAUAAGCAGCACAUGAAGGUCCACCUUUUGCCAAAAGCGGAGACAUCCUCUUUCGAGAAAAGAUCAAAAAUGGAGGUAUAUAGCAAAUGGAGGUAUAUAGCUCACAGCUGCAUUUAUGCAGCAGAUAACUGUAACUGUUUUGCCUCUUUCCCAACUUGUUACAGAACCAAUACUUUUUUCCUUUGGUCGCGACAAUGGUACCAGGAUCUUGAACGAUCGAUAUCCCAGUUUCGUCGACAUUGUAUAUUUGGUUUGGCAGAUAUUGAGUUUUAGACAUUACUCCUUCCAAAUUUUUGUAGAAUUUUGCUACCUCUUCUCGAUUAAAGGCGGUUAUCCUAUUAAUGCUGGUUGCUUCCAGCUUCCGAACAUUUAUCCUAGGAUUCCUUCUUAAAAAUGCAUAAAACCAGUCCUUUCCUGCAAUGUUGGAUAAAUGGCUAAAAUUGUGCUUUAUAUUGUUACUGGUUACAUAUUCAUAAGCAAUUCGUCAGACCUGCUGGGGGCUAACACCAUAAAAUAAAUCUGACAGAUAUUUUAUACGGUUAGCUAGAACGGCUUCUUCCUCCAAAUAUAACGUAGUUUGGCUUCCCAUACGUGGAGCGGUUGUCUUAUUUUUUGAUUUUCUUUCCUGCAGUGUGCUAAACGGAAUAUGGAAUUUUUUGCUUGCCGAUCGAAUUGCAAGACAUUUGAAGUUGCUCGGGGGUCCACUUAGCUUUGUUUUCUUUUUUGAUGUAAGUCCUAGACACCUGUAACAAAUAAAACACAUUGAUUUAAAAUUAAAAAUAUACACUCGACUUAGUCAUAGGAAGGCCUGUGGGGUAAUACCGGUCACGACUGGUAUUACCCCAACCGUUUUGACCGGCAUUUCCCGAAAGCAAUCCUACGACAUAAACCUAACCUAAAAUUAUUUCUCUUUAUUUAAGCGCCUGUAUAAGCAGGAUCUAAACGACAAGAUGCCUCUUAAGACAUUCCUUAUAAUUCUGUGCAAAAAAUUAACUUAUUUGGGUACUUACGUUGGUUUAAGUUCGUCAAAAUAUUACAAGAAAUCCUAGCAAUAACUUGACCACAACAACAUAUGUCUUAGACUGGAGCCUUGAAAGCGAAACCCGGUGGAUUUAACUUGUACCACUGCAUAAUAGAUGGCGCUACAUAGUUAACGGGGCGACUACGUUUGCAGCGAAAAAUUACUAGUGACCGGAAUUACCCACACGACUGGGAUUUCCCCACUCUCCCUUAAAAGCAACUAGUAACAAGAUAUCUUGAAAAAACUACUUUUUUCACAAUUUAUUACAAUAUGGCGGCGACGGCAGCAAAGUUACAAGGUGGGAAAAUAAAAAAUCGAAAAGAGCACUUAAAAAUACAAAAAAUCGCCAAAUAUCAAAACUUCCGUAAAAUUUUCCAACUAAAGGCAUUAUUAUACAGCACGCAAUUACUGGAGUAUAUACUAUAUAUUUGAGUUAAUAUUGUAAUUUUAUAUUUAAUAUUAUCUUUUAAUGUACUAAUAUUAUUAAUCUCACCCUAUAUUCCUUCGAUGAGGGGUGAAUAAUAUUUAUAGGAUUGAAGGGCGAAUCGAUCAUAUUUUUUUAUCUCCAUGAAAGAUCAGUGAUAAUUAAAACGAAGUUUUUUGAAGACAUAAAUAUAAUAAAUGUAUUUACUUUCAGUAAAUAGGUACACUUGUAAUUACUGUAAUGCGAACCAUAUUCGGCCAGUGCGGUCAUGAUCUAAUCCUUUAAGUCUCCCUCAUACUUCAUACACUGGAACGCAUUGACUCCAGUUCGAGUUUCACUUGAUUCUUCUUGGAAGACCAUUCACUUUUUUCCUCGCUAGUUUUUAGUUUUAUAGUUUUUUAGUACCUUUCUACUUUCAAAUAAAAGUUUUGACUAUACAUUAUCACAAAGUUUUUUACAAAAUGGAUCCAUGUUACUUACUAGAUAUGAAACUGUUAAAGAGUUAUUUAUUUGUUACUACUAUUAUAAUUUUUAAAUUUUCUAUUUUAAGUUAAAAUCUUAUGUAUUAUAGGCCUGAAGAUGACUUUGUAAGGACGAAACUAAUCAUACCUG